AUUCUAUUGGCUAAAUUUGAAAAUUAAUAAUCGAAAGGGCAUUAUAGAAAAAUAGUGGUAUAUAAGCCGUGGAACAUCUUCAACUAACCAUCAGUUUUAGUUUCCUCAAAUUGUGAAAAGCAUCUCUUCUUCUCACUAAAUUCAUCAUGAAACAGUUCGUAGUUCUCGCUGCCCUUGUGGUCGUUACUUGCGCUGGACGUCUUCCACACAAUUCUAAUCAUCGUGGUGCCGCAAGCCGACGUGUGGACAACUCCUACUUGGCUCCAGUUGCAGAAUCCCGAGUUGAUAACUCAUAUUUGGCUCCAGCUGCAGAAUCCCGAGUUGAUAACUCAUAUUUGGCGCCUGCUGCUGAGUCACGACGAGUUGACAAUUCAUAUUUAGCUCCAGUUGCCGAAUCACGUGUGGAAAGCACAUUCGUUGCUCCAGCCGAGAGUGAAAUUGUCCUCGUUAAGGAGAAGUUACACGAGAACAACGGUUUGGAGGGUUACCAAUAUAGCUACGAACUUUCUGAUGGACAAAAGAAAGAGGAAACCGCUGAAUUGAUCAACGCCGGAAGUGAGGAGGAAGCCAUUGCUGUCCGCGGAAGCUACCAAUGGGUUGACCCAGCAACUGGCCAGGAAUACAAAGUCACCUAUGUCGCUGAUGAAAAUGGCUUCCGCGCCGAGGGAGAUCAUCUUCCACGUGCCUAAUUUUAUGUCAACAAAAAGAAAAAAAAUAGAUACGAACAAUAAAAAAUGCCACUUUUUAAAUUAA